AUGGCGACCCUGUCAACCAGGGCCGGCCAGGAUGUCGAUCGAUCGAUCCUGGAAUCAUUGCUCCGUCGCAGAACUUUCUACUUCCCCUCGUUCGACCCCUAUGGCGGUGUUGCUGGAUUGUACGACUACGGUCCUCCAGGAUGCGCCCUACAAGCCAACAUCAUCGAUAUCUGGCGGAAACAUUUCGUUCUGGAGGAGGACAUGCUCGAAGUCGACACAACAAUGCUUACCCCGCAUGAGGUGUUGAAGACCAGUGGACACGUCGAUAAGUUUGCCGACUGGAUGUGCAAAGACCCCAAGACUGGAGAGAUUUUCCGAGCAGAUCACUUGGUUGAGGCUGUUCUGGAAGCUCGUCUCAAGGCCGACAAGGAGGCCCGCGGAGAAAAAGUCGUGGUAGACGAGGAAGCAGAUGCGAAGAAGAAAAAGAAGAAAGUGAAGGACGUCAAACUCGUCAAGUUGGAUGAUGCUGUGGUCAAAGAAUACGAGGAGAUCCUAGCAAAGAUUGACAACUAUGACGGUGACGGCCUAGCUCUUUUGAUCACAAAGUACGACAUUCGCAAUCCCACAACCGGCGGAAACCUCCUGCCUCCGGUUGCCUUCAAUUUGAUGUUCCAGACAUCAAUUGGACCCAGCAGUAACUUGGCUGGUUACUUGAGGCCAGAAACUGCACAAGGUCAAUUCCUCGCCUUCCAGAAACUGCUCGAAUUCAACCAAAACCAAAUGCCAUUCGCAUCUGCAGCCAUUGGCAAGUCUUUCCGAAACGAAAUCUCGCCCCGUGCAGGUCUUUUGCGUGUCAGAGAAUUCUUAAUGGCUGAGAUUGAACAUUUUGUCGACCCUGAAGGUGGCAAGAAACACCCUCGUUUCGAUGAAGUCAAGGAUGUCGAAUUGUCGCUGCUUAAUAGAGAUGUGCAGCUCUCUGGAAGCACCAAGACGGAAACCAUGACCAUUGGAAAAGCAGUUGCCGAUGGAGUGGUUGACAACGAGACACUCGGUUACUUCCUUGCCCGAAUUCAACAGUUCCUCUUGAAGAUUGGAGUCGACUACUCCAAGCUCCGAUUCCGUCAGCACAUGGCCAACGAGAUGGCUCACUACGCUGCCGAUUGUUGGGAUGCUGAGCUUCACACCAGCUAUGGCUGGAUUGAAUGUGUUGGCUGUGCUGACCGAAGCGCGUACGACUUGACGGUGCACAAGAACAAGACUGGUGCACCGCUCUUUGUCCGCGAGGCUCUCCCAGAGCCCAGGGUUUUCGAGGAAUGGCAAAUCGACAUUGCCAAGUCAAAAUUCGGCCCUCGAUUCAAGAAGGAUGCUAAGAAAGUCGAAGCAGCCAUCGAUGCGCUGUCCGAAGAGCUCAGGGAGAAGCUUUCUUUGGAUCUUGCACAAAAUGGCAAGAUUGAGAUUGAUGUAGAGGGCAUCGAAGGCGGAAAGGCUGAGCUUGACAACGAUCUCGUUACCAUUGAGAAGAGGACAGUAACACAGCACAUUCGGGAAUAUACUCCCAAUGUUGUCGAACCUUCUUUCGGUAUUGGAAGAAUUCUCUACAGUCUGCUUGAGCAUUCAUACUGGCAUCGCGCUGGCGAUGAGGCUCGUGGUGUCCUUUCAUUCCCUCCACUUGUCUCCCCAACCAAGGUGCUCUUGGUUCCUCUUUCCACUCAUGAGUCUUUCGUGCCCUUCGUUAAGCGAUUGGGUCUGAAGUUCCGCCGGGCUGGAAUCUCCAGCAAGGUGGAUGAUUCUUCUAGCAGUAUCGGUAAACGGUACGCUCGUAAUGACGAGUUGGGUACACCAUUCGGCAUCACAAUUGACUUCCAGUCUGUCAAAGACAACACCUUCACAUUGCGUGAUCGCGACUCGACAAAGCAAGUCCGCGGUAGUGAAGAUGAGAUCUUGCAGGCAGUCAAGUCAAUGGUAGAUGGUGAGGAGACUUGGGCAGAUGUUUUCAAGCGACUCCCUGAGUUCACCUCUCAAGAGACGGAGUAA